UCUCCUCUAAAUAUUUGCUUACUAAAAUCACACUCCCACUCUUCACUUCCAAACCCCCCCCCCCCCCCCCCCCCCCCCCCACUGGAUUCAGAUGCCUCGUUCAAUAUGAAUCCCAAAUCCCAUUUCAACUCCCUUUUCCUCUUCUCCCUCCUCUUUCUCCACCUCUCCGCCGCCUAUGGCACCCUCUCCGACGCUGAAGCUCUCUUCAUCCGCCACCGCCAGCUUCUCUACUACAGAGACGAGUUCGGCGACCGUGGCGAACUAGUCACUGUCGACCCUUCUCUUGUCUUUGAAAAUGACAGAAUUAGAAAUGCUUACAUUGCACUUCAAGCUUGGAAACUAGCCAUUUUGUCCGACCCUCUAAAUCAAACCGCCAACUGGGUCGGAUCUAAUGUCUGUAACUACUUCGGUGUUUUCUGUGCUCCAUCAUUGGACAACCCCAAAAUCCGUACCGUCGCCGGUAUCGAUCUCAACCACGGCGACAUUGCUGGAUACCUCCCUGAAGAGCUCGGUUUGCUUACUGAUCUUGCAUUGUUCCAUAUCAACUCUAACAGGUUCUGCGGUACUCUUCCCCACAGAUUUGACCGUCUCAAGUUGCUUUAUGAAUUGGAUCUCAGUAAUAACCGCUUUGCCGGUAAGUUUCCCGAUGUUGUUCUCAAGCUUCCGACGCUCAAGUUCUUGGAUCUGAGGUUUAAUGAAUUCGAAGGGAGUGUACCUAGAGAGCUGUUUGAUAAGGAUUUGGACGCCAUUUUUAUUAACCAUAACAGGUUUAGAUUUGAGUUGCCGGAUAAUUUUGGGAACUCGCCGGUGUCGGUGAUUGUUCUUGCGAACAAUAAGUUUCAUGGGUGUGUGCCCUCGAGCUUGGGGAAUAUGACGAGGUUGAAUGAGAUUAUUAUGAUGAAUAAUGGGCUUAAUUCUUGCUUACCGCCGGAAAUUGGGGCAUUGAAGAAUUUGACGGUGUUUGAUGUUAGUUCGAAUGAGUUGGUGGGGCCGUUGCCGGAGACUUUUGGAGGGCUUGUGAGUUUGGAGCAACUUAAUGUGGCGGAUAAUUUUCUCUCUGGGAAGAUUCCGGAGAGUAUUUGUGAGUUGCCUAAGCUUCAAAACUUUACGUUCUCGAAUAACUUCUUCUCCGGUGAGCCACCGGCGUGUUUGAGAGUUCCGGAUUUCAGUGAUCGGAGGAAUUGUUUGGCUGGACGGCCGGGGCAGCGGUCGACUGGGCAAUGUAAUGCGUUCUUGUCGAGACCUGUUGAUUGUAAUGCGUUUAAAUGUGGUGGUUCAUCUUCUGGUUCGCCUUCUACUCCAUUUACACCGCCGGUGGUUUCGCCGUCUUCGCCUCCGUCACCGGCAGGUACGGUGUCUCCUCCAUUGCCGUCUCAUUCUCCCAAUGCACCACCGGCGCCGCCACUCUCGCCUCAUUUUCCUCCUCUGUCGCCACAAUCACCACCGUCGCCGCCUUCUUCCCCAUCUACGCCGUCGCAGCCGUCAGCACCGCCUUCUUCUCCAUCUACCCCUUCAACUCCUUCCUCGCCGCCGCAUUUUCCCUCUCCGACUGCACCGUCGCCUUCAUCUGCUCCGCCGUCAUUGCCGUCACCUUCAUCACCCCCAAAAGAUCAUACUCCGCCGUCUGAGCCUUCGCCAUCAUCACCACCGCAAGACCAUACUCCGCCAGGUCCACCUUCGUCCGUGCCUUCACCACCAUUGCCGCCACAAGAUCACAGUCCACCAGCAUCUCCUUCGCCGUCCAAGCCCUCGCCUUCAUCCCCGCCACAAGGUCACGCUCCUACGAUUCCCCCUUCGCCUUUCGAACCAUCACCGCCUCAAGGCAACAAUCCGCCGGCGGAGCCUUCUCCUCCAGGAACAUCAACACCACCAUUCCCAGUUUAUAGUCCGCCUCCGCCACCGCCACAUUUCCCAGAUUUUCCCUCGCCACCAUCUACACAACCUCCGGUCUACUGCCCGCGAUCCCCAUAUCCACCAUCUCCUCCAUCCUUCUCCCCAAACCCACCUCUCACUCACCCCAACUCCCCUCCGCCGCCAUCACCGCCGCUACACGUUCAUUCUCCCCCUCCCCCUCUUCAUACAACCCCAUCGCCGCUUCCUCUUCCUUGCAUUCAACCUCCUCCACCAAAUGUUCAAUAUCCACAACCGCCACCCUCUUCUUCACCAAACCCGUCAUCUCCAAUUCACUACAAUACCCCACCACCGUCGGUCCAUUACCAAGCUCCUCCCUCACCUUCACCACCCGUCCACAUAUAUCCGCCGCCAUCUCCAACGCCCCCUCCUCCAGUAGUUUACGAAAACCCGCCACCGCCAGUUGUCUACCAAAGCCCACCGCCGCCUCCAACUCCAGUAUACGGAGGCCCACUGCCACCAAUCUACGGAGUUCCGUACGCCUCUCCUCCUCCACCACCCUUCUAUUAAUUAUUUCAUCUUUCCGGCCGAUACCCGUAAAAUUUUUCUUGAGCUUUAAUUUCUGGUCAAUCAAUUCUUCUCCUUCUGGAUCUUCCUUCGGUCAGUUCUCAUCAUCCACGGAGAAAGAAUUAAACAAAGAAAAGUUUUCUAGAAUGUUGAAGAAACAGAGUAACAAAAAAGAGAGAGAGAGAGAGAGAAAAGGAAGUAAAAUCUUUGCCUUUAUUUCUUUUUUCAUUGCCAUGAAUCUUGUUUUAGUCUCUGCAAUAUAAAUUAGUAGAAUUUGCAGGUGAAUUUUAAGCUUAUUAUGUUGUAAUGUAUAGGGAUUGAACCUCCAUAAUUCAACAAAAGGUGCAGUUCUUUCUACUGCUGU